AUGUCUCGCCCCGAGCGGACGGCCGCGGCGCAGGCCUUCUACGACCCUGCCGAGGCGGCAAAGUACAGCGCGAGCGCGCGGAUGGGAAGGACGCAGCGGCACCUCGCCGAGCGCGCGCUGCACCUCCUCGACAUCCGCCAGCCGGGCGCGCUGCUGCUCGACCUCGGCUGCGGCACCGGCUACUCUGGCGCGCCGCUCGAGCGCGCCGGGCACGCGUGGGUCGGGCUCGACCUCUCCGAGUCCAUGCUGCGCGCCGCGCGGGCGCCCGGCAAGAGGCGCGACGUGCUCUGCGCGGACCUAGGAGCUCCGCUCUGGCUGAGGCGGCGCGUGUUCGACGGCGCCGUCUCCAUCUCCGCGGUGCAGUGGCUGUGCCACGCGACGGCGAACGGGCACGACCCGGCGAAGCGCGUGCGCACCUUCUUCCGCGGGCUCAAGGCGGUCCUCGUCCCGGGCGCGCGCGCGGUGCUGCAGCUCUACCCCGAGCAGCCGGAGCACAUGGCUGGAGGCACGGUCGGACCUUGCUCGCCUCUCGGCCUAGGCACGCUCGUCGUCGACUACCCGCGCUCCGAGCGGUCAAAGAAGCUCUUCCUUGUGCUGACGUCGCCGAACCAGGCGGCGGCGGCGGCGGGCGGGAGGAGGCGCGCAGUGGAGUCGGUCGGCGGCGGAGGCGGCGCGAAGGGGGGCGGGGGAGCGGGCAAGCGCCGGAAAGGGGCGGCUGCACCCGGGGGCGGAGGCGGCGCAAAGCGGCAGCGAGCGGCGGCGGACGGCGGUGGCGGCGCGAAGCGGAAAGGAGGGAGGUGA